ACAAGGUAUGAGCACGUUGAGAUUGAAGGUCCCUCUGCCCAAGUCCAUCCCCAGAACUCACCUGGGAUCUGGGCUCCAGAAAAACCUCCCAAACACCGAGGUUCAGCCCUAAAAAGCCUCCCAGGAAUUCCCCGUCCCUGCUCCCCUCCCCUCUGCUGUUGGGGUUCCCCCUGGCCCAGCUGCUGGGGUCACGCUGGCAUUGGGGUCCCCCUUGUCCUCGGUGCCCGCCCUCCCCAGGCUGCUGGCAGUGCCAGCAAUGCCAAAAGCUGCCCCCUCUUCGCUCUGCCCAUUCAGGGCUGCCGGGGCUUUUCGGGCUCCCUUCUGGGCUCCCUUCUCCCCUCCUGCUCUGCUCCGGGCUGCAGGGGCUCCAAGGAGUCCCCCCUGCCCCUCUCCAGCCUCUGCAGGCUCCCGCCCAUGGCGGCGCUCCCCCCUCUCUGGGCUCCCCACUUUGGGCUCCUGGGGGACACAGGGCUCUGCUCCUCCAGGCUGCCUCUGCCGCCAGCCGCCACCGCCACCCCCCGAUGUCCCCCCGAGGGGCCUUUUCCGCUCAGCCUCGCACUUCUUCAUUCUCCAAACAUCCCCCCAAAAAAACCCACCCCAGCCCAGGGACCCCCGGGAUAUCUGGGCCGAGCUCCCCCUCCCCGCUCACCUGCGCCAUGGGGGCGAUGAUCCCACAGGUGGGGGCUGCGAAUGCACGGAGGGCUCGGCCGCGUGCUUCCUCCUGCUCAGCCCGGACCCGCCUUUGGCCCUCCUCUUCCUCUUCCUCCCGCUCCUCCUCUGCCAUCCCCCCGCCUCCUCCUCCUCCUCCCCCCUCACCCCACCUCCUUCUCCUCUUCAACCCCUCCUCCUCCUCCCUCUCCCCUCUAUUCCAUCCCUCCUCCUUCUCCUCCCUGUCCCCGCCUCCUUCCCAUUUUUCCAGCCCUUCUCGCGGUCCUUUUCCCCGCCUCUUCCAUUCCAUCCCAGUUUGUCCAGUCUCGGUCCAUGUGAUCCCAGUGUGUUGGAUCCUAAUCCAUAUAAACUGAGAACCAGUUCAUCCCAGUCUGUGUGGUCCCACCCUAUAGGAUCCCAAUCCACAGCGUCCCAGUCCAUACAGUCCCAUAUUUUAUCCCAGCCCAGUUUAUCCCAGUCCAUCCCAUCCCAGUCCGGGUUAUCCCAGUCCAUCGCAUCCCAGUCAGGGUUAUCCCAGCCCAGUUUAUCCCAGUCCAUCGCAUCCCAGUCCAUAGGAUCCCAGUCCAUCGCAUUCCAGUCAGGGUUAUCCCGGUCCAGUUUAUCCCAGUUGCAUGUAAUCCCAGUCCAGUUUAUCCCAGUUCCGUAGGAUCCCAGUCCAGUUUAUCCCAGUUCCGUAGGAUCCCAGUUCCGUAGGAUCUCAGUUCCAUAGGAUCCCAGUCCCAUAAGAUCCCAGUCCAGUUUAUCCCAGUCCAGUAAAAUCCCAGUCCAUUCCAUCCCAGUGCAUAGGAUCCCAGUUCCAUAUGAUCCCAGUCCAGUUUAUCCCAGUUCCAUAUGAUCCCAGUCCAGUUUAUCCCAGUUCCAUAGGAUCCCAGUCCAGUUUAUCCCAGUCCAGUUUAUCCCAGUUCCAUAGGAUCCCAGUCCAGUUUGUCCCAGUUCCAUAGGAUCCCAGUCCAGUUGAUCCCAGUCCAGUUUAUCCCAGUUCCAUAGGAUCCCAGUCCAGUUUAUCCCAGUUCCAUAGGAUCCCAGUCCAUAGGAUCCCAUUCCAUAGGAUCCCAGUCUAUGUUAUCCCAGUCCAGUUUAUCCCAGUCCAUAGCAUCCCAGUCCGGGUUGUCCCAGUCCAGUUUAACCCAGUCCACAGGAUCCCAGUUCCAUAGGAUCCCAGUCCAGUUUAUCCCAGUGCAUAGGAUCCCAGUUCCAUAUAAUCCCAGUCUGGGUUAUCCCAGUUCCAUAUAAUCCCAGUCCGGGUUAUCCCAGUCUGGGUUAUCCCAGUCCAUAGCAUCCCAGUCUCUCAGGCAUCAUGGGGAACUGGGAUAACUGGGGAGCACGGGAUAACGGGGAAACUGGGAUUAGGGGGGAACUGGGAUAACGGGGAGAGUGGGAUAAUUGGGAACUGGGAUAACUGGGAGAGUGUGAUAAUUGGGAACUGGGAUAAUGGGGAACUGGGAUUACUGGGAGAGUGGGAUAAUGGGGAACUGGGUUAAUAGGGAGAGUGGGAUAAUGGGGAACUGGGAUUACUGGGAGAGUGGGAUAACGGGGCGAAACUGGGAUAACUGGGAUAAUGGGGAGAGUGGGAUAACGGGGCGAAACUGGGAUAAUGGGGGGAACUGGAGUAACUGGGAUAAUGGGAAUUCUGGGAUAAUGGGGAAACUGGGAUAAUGGGGAACAGGAUAAUGGGGAACUGGGAUAAUGGGGGGAACUGGGAUAAUGGGGGGAACUGGGAUAACUGGGAUAAUGGGGAGAGUGGGAUAACGGGGCGAAACUGGGAUAACGGGGAUAAUGGGGAACUGGGGUAACUGGGAUAAUGGGAAUUCUGGGAUAAUGGGGAACUGGGAUAAUGGGGAACAGGAUGAUGGGGAACUGGGAUAAUGGGGGGAACUGGGAUAAUGGGGGGAACUGGGAUAACUGGGAUAAUGGGGAGAGUGGGGUAAUGGGGAACUGGGAUAACGGGGAGCUGGGAUAAUGGGGGGAACUGGGAUAAUGGGGGGAACUGGGAUAACUGGGAUAAUGGGGAGAGUGGGGUAAUGGGGAACUGGGAUAAUGGGGAGCUGGGAUAAUGGGGGGAACUGGAGUAACUGGGAUAAUGGGGGGAACUGGGAUAAUGGGGAGAGUGGGAUAAUGGGGAUAAUGGGAGUACUGGGAUAACGGGAAAAUGGAGAAUAUCAGAAUAAUGGGAAUUUCGGGAUGAUGAGGAAAUUCCAGGAUAACGGGAAUUUUGGGCUAAAGGGAAUGUUGGGAUAACGAGGAAAUUCCAGGAUAACAGGAAUCUUGGGAUGAUGGGAAUUUUGAGAUAAAGGGAAUUUUGGGAUAAAGGGAAUUUCGGGAUAUCAAAAAUUUCAGGAUAACGGGAAUCUUGGGAUAACGGGAAUUUUGAGAUAAAGGCAAUCCCGGGCUAACAGAAAUCCCGAUCCCCGUCCCGCUUCGGGAAUUUUUUUUUUUUUU